AUGGAUCCCCUGAACGUGUCCUGGUACAAUGACGACAUUGGCAACAGGAACUGGAGCAAGCCUCUCAAUGGGUCCACUGAAGACCAGAAGCCACACUACAACUACUACGCCAUGCUUCUCACCCUUCUCAUCUUCGUCAUUGUCUUCGGCAACGUGUUGGUGUGCAUGGCCGUGUCCAGGGAAAAAGCCCUUCAGACCACCACUAACUACCUGAUCGUGAGCCUGGCCGUGGCAGAUCUCUUGGUGGCGACUCUGGUGAUGCCCUGGGUAGUCUACCUAGAGGUGGUCGGUGAGUGGAGAUUUAGCCGGAUCCACUGUGACAUCUUUGUCACCCUGGACGUUAUGAUGUGUACUGCCAGCAUCCUCAACCUCUGUGCCAUCAGCAUUGACAGGUACACCGCAGUAGCAAUGCCCAUGCUUUAUAACACACGCUACAGCUCCAGGCGCAGAGUCACUGUCAUGAUCUCCGUGGUCUGGGUCCUGUCCUUCGCCAUCUCCUGCCCACUUCUGUUUGGUCUCAACAACACAGCCAAGAAUGAGUGUAUCAUUGCCAAUCCUGCCUUUGUUGUGUAUUCCUCUAUCGUCUCCUUCUACGCUCCCUUCAUUGUCACCCUGCUGGUAUACGUACAGAUUUACGUAGUGCUCCGGAAACGCAGGAAGCGCGUCAACACCAAGCGCAACAUCCACGGCCUGGACUCUGACACGCAGGUACCGCUGAAGGACAAAUGCACUCAUCCAGAAGAUGUGAAGCUCUGCACUGUCAUUGUCAAGUCCAACGGGAGUUUCCCAGUUAAUAAGCGGAAAGUGGAGGCAGUGAAUCACGUGGAGGAGAUGGAGAUGGUGUCCAGUACCAGCCCCCCUGAAAAAACCAAACACAAACCAGCCCUGCUGAGUAACCACCAAUUGGUUAUGCCAGCCACUUCCAACCAGUGCAUCAAUUCCACCCUGGAUUUGCCCUUAGACAGCCCCACGAAAGCGGAGAAGAAUGGGCAUGCCAAAGACAACCCAAAGACGGCCAAGGCCUUUGAGAUCCAGUCCAUGCCCAACGGCAAGACAAGGACUUCCCUCAAGACCCUGAGCAGGAGGAAACUCUCGCAGCAGAAGGAAAAGAAAGCCACCCAGAUGCUAGCCAUUGUGCUUGGUGUUUUCAUCAUAUGCUGGCUCCCCUUUUUCAUCACCCACAUCCUGAACAUGCAUUGCAACUGCAUCAUUCCACCGGCGAUGUACAGUGCCUUCACAUGGCUCGGGUAUGUCAACAGCGCCGUCAACCCAAUUAUUUACACCACCUUCAACAUUGAGUUCCGCAAGGCCUUCAUGAAGAUCCUCCAUUGCUAA